AUGGUGACGGCUGCACGGGUUCUCUACGGCGCCCUCGCUGCUGCGUCUGUGGCUGCCGGUGCCGCCACUCAGCGCCAUGCCGAGGCCUUCAAAGAUGCUCCGCCCGGCAUCAGCUACAAGAUUGCCAAGGGCACCCAUCCGUGGUCGUCUUCCACCAAGAUUACCAAGGCAAGCCAACACGUCCAGCAGCUGCGCCCAGUCCACGCGGGCCGCGCCACCAAGAUCAAUCCCAGGUCGGCUGCUGCGAUCCUCGGUGCCCAUCAACGCCUGGUUGGCGGGGCCGGGUACGAGAACAUCACUACUACCUCUGCGUACGGAACCCAAUAUGCCGUCGAUUCCCUGUUCAACGGACACCGAAUGUCGCUUAUCAUCGACACUGGAAGUUCCGACACAUGGGCCGUCCAGAAGAACUUCCACUGCAUCGACUACUCCGGCGAGUUUCUGCCCCAAGAGAUCUGCGGCUUCGGUGAGACGUACCCAGAAACUUUCCAAUACGGCUUGACCGACCCGGAGUCGCACAUGUACAUUCAGUAUGGCGACGGCGAGAUCGUCACCGGCCCCAUGGGUUUCUCGGACGUCACGGUCGGCGGCAUCACGGUCAAGCAGCAACAGGUGUGUUUGGCCAAUACCACGUACUGGUAUGGCAACAACCAGACAAGCGGCCUGAUGGGCCUUGCAUUCCCGGCCCUUACCAACGCUUACCUUGGUGAUGGUGAGGGUCACGAGUUUGGCAGGCAGGUGCAGUAUUCGCCUCUCUUCACCAGCAUGGUCAACCAGGGACUGGUUGAUCCCAUUUUCAGCAUCGCCAUUGAUCGCAACGCAUCCAGUGGCAUGCUCGCUUUUGGUGGAGUUGCUCCGGCCAGUGGUUUGGACAUGACUCGGACCGCAGUUCUGGACAUGAUAAUCACCAGUGUGAUUGCGAUCCCCGAAACUUCCUACCAAUACUCUUUCUACACGAUCAUUCCGGACGGUUGGUAUUUCGACCAGAACACCAACACCAAAAAGAUCCCAUACAUAGUUGACAGCGGCACAACGCUCAACUACCUCCCGUCGGGUCUCGCCGAUGCCAUCAACGCAUCAUUCGACCCACCCGCCGUCUACUUGUGGAUGUACGGUGCUUACUUCACUUCGUGUGACGCCAACAUACCCCAGGUUGCCGUGCUGCUCGAUGGCACCAAGUUCAACAUCAGCCCCGUGGAUCUUCUUUACCGUACAUUGGUGGACCCGCUGACUGGACUCUGCAUGACUGCCAUUGCAGACGGAGGUUCAGGCCCCUACAUCCUUGGCGACGCGUUUAUGCAGAACGCCUUGGUCGUCUUUGACGUUGGCCAGGCCAAGAUGCGCUUCAUUCCUCGCCAGCACUACUGAUGGUGUGACGCCUGGAGGGAAGCUCGUUUCGAUCUUGCUCAGUUCCAUGUUUGUUAUGACCACCAUUUACCAUUAAGAGGUGUCGGUGUAGAGGAUCAUUUGUCGAUGUGGACGCUUGCUCGGUAGCUCUAG